CAGUCAAGUACCUCUUAUGCCAGGUUGAAAAGAUGCGUGUCAACAGUUUGACACAGUGCCUACCAUUUAAUAAAUGCUAGCAGUUUCCACCACGGUUGCUGCAGGAAGCUGAGGAUUAGGGAUGAGGCUGGGGACGGGACUGAACUUGAUUGAAGGCAGGCACAGCCGCAAACAGUUGACUAAACAGAAGGCUCACUGACCCAGCAAGUCAGGAUUCAGGGGAGUUAAGAGAACCCCUCAAGCCUGCCUCCACUGUUUCUCUGGCUCUGUUUGAGAAGGCGAAGGCAAACACAGAAGGGCAUGUGCACAGACACACGUGAUCACCACGGUGAUGCAGAGGCAGACCCAGACAAAAGACUGAGACAGGAGCCAACCAGACACACAGACAGAGACAGCAUCGCGGAGUCAUGUAGACAGGGAUAAUGACAGGACCGCGCCAGACACAGGCACCGAGGGAGACAAGAUGAGCAGAUACGCAGGUGCAACACAGGCACGGAGACCCACACACAGCAGACCCUGUUAAGACUGCCUGGUGAACACAGCGCCCAGUCAGAGGCAGACACAACGCCCGCAGUGACACAUAGCGGGCCAGCGCGCCGGGGCCAGCACUGUCACUUCUCGAUGGGGGCGGGGAGGGGCCGGCGGGGGAAGGCUGGGGAAGGGAAUCCCGGGCGGGCGGCUUGCCCGGGUGGCUGAGUCACUGCGGAGCCUCAGCCCGCGGCCCUCCCUCUCCCUCCGGCUGUCCCAGGUGAGAAGCGAGCCGGUAACUUCAUAGCUUCCGCCAUGCCGACCGAAGACAGCAAAGGAAUGGGACCCGCGUGGGGUCGGCCCUGGAUCCGCCCCACCUUCCAGCCGGUGCGUGCCGGCUAAAUGCGUGCUCAGGAAAAACAGGUCUGCGGGCUCUGGUGUCUUUGGCCGCUCCAGUGUCUACUUGCGGGUCGCAGGCCUCGAGCCAAGCGUCCCUCUAUAUACCCCGCGUUCCGGGAGCUGCGCGGAGGGGCUCUUCGGUCCCAAGCCCAGAGAGAGUUAAGUGGGUGUGAUUGAUGGAGUAGUUCUCUCCCGGGACUAAAGGGGGGGCGGGGGUCGGUUAAAGUCCUAGAGUCCAGAUCCCGGAUGCAGGAGGCGGAGCUUGGCUUUGCCGGGAGUGCCCGGAUGGAGAAGGCGUGGUUUCAACUCAAGUGGAAUUAACCCUUUCUGGGCGGCCGGCUUUUGGGGCUGUAGGUCGGCUUGGGGGAGGCUGGAUUGUCAGUCUCCGAAGUGUGUCUGCCAUCCAGCCUGGCCCUGAACGUGUGCGUCUACCUCUCGUCUGUCUUCGAGGACUCUGUGGGUGUCUGUCUUUGUGUUUGCCCGUGGUUGUCCCUUUCCCUUGGUUAGUAUGAGCUCUGGGAGUUGGGGAGGGCCAUUACUGCCUCAAAGCGAGAGUGGAGGUGAGAGUGGACGGCGAGCCAGCGGGCGGCGGCGGCGGCUGAGGAACAGGUGUGAGUGCGGCGGCGGGGCUGCCCAGCGCGGGGUGGGGCCGUCUUGAGGGAGACAGGGGAAAUUCCGCGGGACCGGUGGUGAGCAGUGUGUGGGCUGAGGAGUUGUGUCUGCCUCUGACUGUGUGUCUGUGUGAGUUGAGGGAGGCGGGGGCUGAGUCAGUGGGAACGGGGGAUGGUUUUCUGAGUGACUCACUCCCCCCCCCACCCCAAGCCUGAUUCAGACCCUGAGAAAGGCUUUGUUCGUGGGGCGGAUGGGAAGUCAGGCGCCUGCGUCCCCGGUGGGGACACUGAUCCGUGGUGGUUGGCGAGAUUAUGCUUAGGGUACAGGAAGUUUUGUCCUGGAGCGCUCUGUAGUCCAUGGUGUCGUGGGAGGUUGUGGAUAAAGGUUGAAGAUCAGGAGGGCUGGAGGGACGGAACUCGCUAGUUUAGGGAAAGCUGAGUCAGUUCCCCGUGGGAAAGGAGAAGUGGCAGGGGGGAGUGUCAUCAUCGGAGAAGGGGAAGCUGCAUUUCCUGGUAACUAGCAGCGCUCUGGGCGCCACUUCCUUAGCGGGGAUCUGCUUCGCUGACAUCUGGUACCCCGAGCUGCCUGCCGUUCGUUCACGACUGGCCUCUCUAUCCUCGCUGGGCUUGGCUGAAGCAACCAGUUUUGAGCUGCACCUGACCACAGUUUAGCGUUGUAUGCGUCCCAGGGAUUGGUAACUGGCAGACUUGCAGCCUCGAGAGAGUUAUGACCCGAGCUAUCCGUGAACUGAGUAGUCCGCGGAGCGCAAGCUCCUACCAGGGCUGGACCCGAGUAGCCUGCAGGGAUCUGUAGGGUCCACGCACGCUCACGCACAGUUGUCCUUGCCCCCGCUGGAGAGGACUGUUUUCGCCAGAAGUCCUUCUGCCUUUGUGGGCAGGGUGGAAAUUUCCCCACGGUGCAGACUUCUCGGCCAAGGCGAACUUUCCAGCCGCCCCCAGCCCCUCGCCGCGCGCUCUCCCCCGGCUUCCUGCCCGGCGCUUUCUCCAGCUGGAGCACUAGCCCCGCCCCCGCGGCUUUGUACUCGACACUCGCCUCUCGCAGCCCUUUGUAUUCUAGACUCUAUGGACCGAUCCCGGGAGCGGAGCUGGCUCCCUACCUGCCGGGACCUGGGGUAUGCGCAGGGAAGCAGCUUCUGGGCUUUGAGAGUCGAGAAGGAAAAGCAGGCACUAGAGCGAACGUGCCAAGGAAAGAGGAGUACUGUGCCGGUUGUGGGUCUAGUCAGCUUCGACGGGAAGGAGUAAAAAAAAAAAAGGGGGGGGGGGAGAUGGCGUGAAGGAGGAAGUGAAACGGGUUCUGGGUUCUUUAAGGGAGUAGGCGGUGAGAGUGGGACAGGGGUGAUGUCACUGCCUGUUGGGCCCCGCCUUCUUCCCUCCCUCCCGAAGGACCCCCCCUUACACACACCGCUUCCGCUGCGCAAGUAGCCACGUCACGGGCAACCCCCGAAAUCCCCCCUCCCCUGGGGGGGGGGCACGUGGGCCGUGGGGAACCGCGUGGCCCCGGCAGGGAAAGGGCAUAGAGGAUACAGGAGCCACGCGAGAGUGGCCACUUCCACGGCGCGGAGCUUUUCAGAAGUUGGAGGGCUAGGGGCGGGGGGGGACUGGUAUUGAAGACUCAGAAUCAGGCCGAGAGGAGAACCUGGAGGAAGUUGGCUGUUACUGAGGCGGAGACAAGGGUGAUGAUUGGCUUUCUGCAGAGAGAGACGUCUUGUGAUUGGCUAAAUCUCUGAAGCUCUUGACGCUGUGAGAGGACGCUCCCACAGAGGCUGGAAUUGGUUGCCGAAAGCCAGAAACUGCCGCCUGGAUACAGUGGGCACUCUUGUUCAGAGCAGCUGGAGCUGGAUCAUUGUGCCAGAGAGCUGGGGCAGGGGGCUGUGCCCCAUCUCCAGGGUUCCUGGGGCCACUGCUGACCUGGCUGGAUGCAUCGAGCAGUGGACCCUCCAGGGGCCCGCUCUGCACGGGAAGCCUUUGCCCUUGGCGGCUUGAGCUGCGCUGGGGCUUGGAGCGCCUGCCCACCCCAUCCUCCUCCUCGAAGCUCAUGGCUGCCUGGAGGCAGAUGCUCGGCCAGCAUCGGGCAGCCCCCCCUCCCUGCUCCGUUACCCGCUCCUCAUGGCAGUAGCUCCGGGCACCCAAACAAACCCUAUUAUGCUCCUGGGGCACCUGCCCCAAGACCCCUGCACGGGAAGUUGGAGUCCCUGCAUGGCUGUGUACAAGCGCUGCUCCGCGAGCCGGCCCAGCCAGGGCUAUGGGAACAGCUGGGACAGUUGUAUGAGUCAGAGCAUGAGAGCGAGGAAGCCGUAUGCUGCUACCACAGGGCCCUUCGAUACGGAGGCAGCUUCGCUGAGCUGGGGCCCCGAAUUGGCCGAUUACAGCAGGCCCAGCUCUGGAACUUUCAUGCCGGUUCCUGUCAGCACCGUGCCAAGGUCCUGCCCCCGCUGGAGCAAGUAUGGAAUUUGCUGCACCUUGAGCACAAACGGAACUAUGGGGCUAAGCGAGGGGGUCCUCCAGUGAAGAGGUCUGCUGAACCCCCAGUGGUACAGCCUAUGCCUCCUGCAGCACUCUCAGGCCCCGUAGGAGAGGAAGGCCUGAGCCCCGGGGGCAAGCGGAGAAGAGGCUGCAGCUCUGAACAGGCUGGCCUUCCCCCAGGUCUGCCUCUCCCUCCACCACCAGUACCGCCGCCGCCGCCGCCGCCACCUCCACCUCCACCUCCGCCACCACCACUGCCUAGCCUGGCUAUUAGCCCCCCAUUUCAGCUGACUAAGCCAGGGCUGUGGAACACCCUGCAUGGAGAUGCUUGGGGCUCCGAGCGCAAGGGUUCAGCACCCCCAGAGCGCCAGGAGCAGCGGCACUCGUAUCCAUACCCAGCUCCUGCCUACACUGCUCAUCCACCCAGCCACCGGCUGGCCCCGGCCACACCCCUUGGUCCAGGUCCCCGACCCCCAGGAGCAGAGAGCCAUGGCUGCCUGCCUGCCACCCGUCCCCCCGGAAGUGACCUUAGAGAGAGCAGAGUUCAGAGGUCGCGGAUGGACUCCAGCGUUUCACCAGCAGCAUCUACCGCCUGCGUGCCUUACGCCCCUCCCCGGCCCCCUGGCCUCCCCGGCACCAGCAGCAGCAGCAGCAGCAACAGCAGCAGCAGCAGUAGCAGUAACAACACUGGUCUUCGGGGCGUGGAGCCGAGCCCAGGCAUUCCUGGCGCUGACCACUACCAAAAUCCUGCGCUGGAGAUUUCCCCUCACCAGGGCCGCCUGGGGCCCUCGGCACAUAGCGGUCGGAAACCAUUUCUGACGGCCCCUGCUGCCACUCCCCACUUAUCCCUACCAUCUGGGACCCCAUCAUCCCCGCCACCCCCCUGUCCUCGCCUCUCUCGCCCUCCGCCACCCCCUGCUUGGAUGAAGGGCUCAGCCUGCCGCCCAGCCAGAGAGGAUGGAGAGAUCUUAGGGGAGCUUUUCUUUGGUGCUGAGGGGCCUCCGCGUCCUCCUCCUCCACCCCUUCCCCACCGUGAUGGCUUCUUGGGGCCUCCAGCCCCCCGCUUUUCUGUGGGCACUCAGGAUUCGCAUACCCCUCCCACUCCCCCGACCACUACCACCACCACCACCAGCAGCAGCAGCAGCCGCAGCAGCAGCCACAGCAGCAGUCCUACUGGGCCCGUGCCCUUCCCACCACCCCCCUAUCUGGCCAGAAGCAUAGACCCACUUCCCAGGCCAUCUAGCCCAACCCUGAGCCCCCAGGACGCACCUCUUCCACCACUGACUCUUGCCCUGCCUCCAGCCCCUCCCUCCUCCUGCCACCAAAAUACCUCAGGAAGCUUCAGGCGCUCGGAGAGCCCCCGGCCCAGGGUCUCCUUCCCAAAGACCCCCGAGGUGGGGCAAGGGCCACCCCCAGGCUCUCUGAGUAAAGCCCCCCAGCCUGUGCCAACUGGGGUUGGAGAGCUGCCUGCACGAGGCCCAAGGCUCUUUGAUUUCCCACCAACUCCCCUGGAGGACCAAUUUGAAGAGCCAGCUGAAUUUAAGAUCCUACCUGACGGGCUAGCGAACAUCAUGAAGAUGCUGGAUGAAUCCAUCCGGAAGGAGGAGGAGCAGCAGCAGGAGGCAGGCGUGGCCCCCCCACCCCCACUCAAAGAACCCUUUGCAUCGCUACAGCCUCCAUUUCCCAGUGACACAGCCCCAACCACCACCACUGCUGCUGCCACCACUGCCACCACCACCACUACCACCGCCACAACCACCAUCCAAGAAGAGGAGAAGAAGCCACCACCAGCCCUGCCGCCACCGCCGCCUCUAGCCAAGUUUCCUCCACCUCCCCAACCGCAGCCCCCACCACCUCCACCAGCCAGCCUGCUCAAAUCAUUGGCCUCUGUUCUUGAGGGACAAAAGUACUGUUACCGGGGGGCUGGGGCAGCUGUUUCAAGCAGGCCGGCGUCCUUGUCCACCACUCAGUAUUCCCCUAGCCCUGCGUCAGGUGCUGCCGCCCCACCGCCCACUUCAGUGGCCCCGAGCACCCAGGGCUCCCCGAAGCCCUCUGUUUCCUCGUCAUCUCAGUUUUCUACCUCAGGUGGGCCUUGGGCCCGGGAGCGCAGGGCAGGUGAAGAGCCCGCGCCAGGCCCCGUGACCCCUGCCCCGCUGCCCCCACCUCUGCCGCUGCCCCCUGCUCGCUCUGCAUCUGAGGUGCUAGAAGAGAUCAGUCGGGCUUGUGAGACCCUUGUAGAGCGGGUGGGCCGGAGUGCCAUCAGCCCAGCGGACCCAGCGGACAGAGCAGACCCAGUGGACAGUGGGACUGAGCCCUUGCCGCCUCCUGCACAGGCCAAGGAGGAGAGUAGUGGGGUGGCGGCGGCGGGUCCGGGCAGUGGCAAGCGGCGGCAGAAGGAGCAUCGCCGUCACCGACGGGCUUGUAGGGACAGUGUGGGUCGCCGACCCCGUGAGGGGAGAGCCAAGGCCAAGGCUCCCAAAGAAAAGAGCCGAAGGGUGCUGGGGAACCUGGACCUGCAGAGUGAAGAAAUCCAAGGCCGGGAGAAGGCACGGCCUGACCUAGGUGGGGCUUCCAAAGUCAAGACCCCCACAGCUCCAGCACCCGCACCUACACCUGCGCCCUCUGCUCAGCCCACACCCCCGUCAGCCCCUGUCCCUGGGAAGAAGCCGCGGGAGGAUGCUCCAGGACCUCCAGGUGUGAGCCGCGCAGACAUGCUGAAACUGCGCUCCCUGAGUGAGGGCCCCCCGAAGGAGCUGAAGAUCAGGCUCAUCAAGGUGGAGAGCGGCGACAAGGAGACCUUUAUUGCCUCUGAGGUGGAAGAGCGGCGCCUGCGCAUGGCAGACCUCACCAUCAGCCACUGCGCUGCUGAUGUCAUGCGCGCCAGCAAGAAUGCCAAGGUGAAAGGGAAAUUUCGAGAGUCCUACCUUUCCCCUGCUCAGUCUGUGAAACCGAAAAUCAACACUGAGGAGAAGCUGCCUCGGGAAAAACUUAACCCCCCUACACCCAGCAUCUAUUUGGAAAGCAAACGGGAUGCCUUCUCACCGGUGCUGCUGCAGUUCUGUACAGACCCUCGAAACCCCAUCACCGUGAUCAGGGGCCUGGCCGGUUCGCUUCGGCUCAACUUGGGCCUCUUCUCCACCAAGACGCUGGUGGAGGCAAGUGGUGAGCACACAGUGGAGGUUCGCACCCAGGUGCAGCAACCGUCAGAUGAGAACUGGGACCUGACGGGUACGAGACAGAUCUGGCCCUGUGAGAGCUCCCGGUCGCAUACCACCAUUGCUAAAUACGCACAAUACCAGGCUUCGUCCUUCCAGGAGUCGCUGCAGGAGGAGAAGGAGAGUGAGGAUGAGGAGUCAGAGGAGCCUGACAGCACCACAGGAACUCCUCCCAGCAGCACACCGGACCCCAAGAACCAUCACAUCAUCAAGUUUGGCACUAACAUCGACCUGUCUGAUGCCAAGAGGUGGAAGCCUCAGCUACAGGAGCUGCUGAAACUGCCAGCCUUCAUGCGGGUGACAUCCACCGGCAACAUGCUCAGCCACGUAGGCCACACCAUCCUGGGCAUGAACACAGUGCAGCUAUACAUGAAAGUCCCUGGCAGCCGAACACCUGGUCACCAAGAGAAUAACAAUUUCUGCUCUGUCAAUAUCAACAUUGGCCCUGGGGACUGUGAGUGGUUCGCUGUCCACGAGCACUACUGGGAGACCAUCAGCGCCUUCUGCGACCGGCAUGGAGUGGACUACUUGACUGGUUCCUGGUGGCCCAUCUUGGAUGACCUCUACGCGUCCAAUAUUCCUGUCUACCGCUUUGUGCAGCGCCCUGGAGACCUCGUGUGGAUUAAUGCCGGGACGGUGCACUGGGUGCAGGCUACUGGCUGGUGCAACAACAUCGCCUGGAACGUGGGGCCCCUUACUGCCUAUCAGUACCAGCUGGCCCUGGAGCGCUACGAGUGGAACGAGGUGAAGAACGUCAAAUCCAUCGUGCCCAUGAUCCACGUGUCCUGGAACGUGGCGCGGACAGUCAAAAUCAGCGACCCUGACUUGUUCAAGAUGAUCAAGUUCUGCCUCCUGCAGUCAAUGAAGCACUGCCAGGUGCAGCGAGAGAGCCUGGUGCGGGCAGGCAAGAAAAUCGCUUACCAAGGCCGCGUCAAGGACGAGCCUGCCUACUACUGCAACGAGUGUGACGUGGAGGUGUUCAACAUACUGUUCGUUACGAGUGAGAACGGCAGCCGCAACACGUACCUGGUGCACUGCGAGGGCUGUGCGCGCCGUCGCAGCGCCGGCCUGCAGGGCGUGGUGGUGCUGGAGCAGUACCGCACGGAGGAGCUGGCGCAGGCCUACGAUGCCUUCACGCUGGCUCCCGCCAGCACAUCGCGAUGAGGCCGGACGCCCCGCUCGCCUGCCCAGGCUGGGCGCGGCGGGGCCACCAGCACACGCCUGGGCUGGACCUAGGUCCCGCCUCUGGCCGGGAAGGGGGUCGGGCCCAGCCCUUCCACCCUAUUGGCAGCUCCCCUCACUUAAUUUAUUAAGAAAAAAAAUUUUUUUUAACAAAUACGAGGAAAAAAAAGGAAAAAAAAUGGGAGACGGGGAGGGGGCUGGCAGCCCCUCGCCCACCAGCGCCUCCCCUCACCGACUUUGGCCUUUCUAGCAACAGACACAAGGACCAGGCUCCGGCGGCGGCGGGGGUCACAUACGGGUUCCCUCAAGCCUGCCCGCCGCGCGCCCGCCCGCCGCCCGCCGGCGCAGACGUUCGCGGCUCGUUGUGUACAUAGACGUUCGGCAGCCGAGGUUUUUAAUGAGAUUCUUUCUAUGGGCUUUACCCCUCCCCCAGGACCUCCUUUUUUUUACUUCCAAUGCUAGCUGUGAUCCCUUGUAUAUGUCUCUGUUUAUUCACUUGGUUAUGAUUUGUAUUUUUGUUCUUUUUUG